AUGGCUCUUUCAAUUUCUCAGGUCUCAUUUGAGCACCAUCGGACGGCCUUGGGUAUAUCGGAGACUUCUCCCCGGGUUUCCUGGCGAUUCAAUGGACAAGUCUCGAAUUGGAAUCAAGCAUCCUAUGAUCUUGAAAUUCAAAGGCCAGGAAAGGAUGCAGAGACUUUCCACGUGGAUUCUGCGGAGUCUGUUCUCGUUCCAUGGCCGAGCGAACCCCUAGAGUCAGGAGAGGAAGCGACCGUUCGGGUUAAAUCUUCCGGGAGUAGAGACAAACCCAGUACAUCAUGGUCGCAUCCUGUGUCCGUCGAACCGGGGCUUCUCAGCCCCGAAGAUUGGAAGGAGGCGGUUGUUUUGGCGUCAGACCGAGCUACCGAGGUCAACGCCACCCACCGACCUAUCUACUUUCGAAAAGAUUUUGCCCUGGGCCAGGACAUUGCCUCUGCAAGAUUAUACAUUACCGCGUUAGGACUAUAUGAGGCUCGUUUGAACGGUCAGCGAGUUGGUGAUCAUGUUCUUGCCCCAGGCUGGCAGUCGUACACGCAUCGCCAUGAGUACAAUACUUACGAUGUCACCGAUCUUCUCAAAAAUGGUGAAAAUACUAUCGGCGUGACUGUUGGCGAGGGCUGGUACUCAGGACGGCUGGCGUGGGAGAACAAUCGAAAUAUCUACGGGGAUACACUAGGCGCACUUUGUCUACUCGCAGUAACUAACUCUAACGGCACAAAGACGUACAUCUCUAGUGACACAACAUGGAAAUCUAGCACGGGCCCCAUUAUCUCUUCCGAGAUUUAUGAUGGGGAGACGUAUGAUUCUAGGCUGGAGCAAAAGGGAUGGGAUUCUCCAGGCUUUGAUCAGUCGAGCUGGCUGGGAGUCCGUGAACUCGACUUUUCCAAAGAUGUCCUCGCUGCCCCGGAUGCACCGCCAGUGAGACGUGUUGAGGAGCACAAACUUGAGAAUGUGUUUUCUAGCGCUUCGGGCAAGACAGUGUUGGACUUUGGACAGAACUUGGUCGGCUGGCUGCGCAUCCGCGUCAAGGGGCCGAGAGGACAAAACAUUAGUUUUGUGCACACCGAAGUCAUGGAAGAUGGAGAGGUCGCAACGCGCCCCCUUCGUACUGCCAAGGCAACAGACAAUUUCACACUUUCUGGCGGAGAUGAUGAGUGGGAACCAUCGUUCACGUUCCACGGCUUCCGAUAUGUUCAGGUCGAAGGCUGGCCAGAUGAGACUAAACUUGACACUGAUUCAGUCACUGCGAUCGUUGUUCAUACGGAUAUGGAGCAGACUGCAUUCUUUGAUUGUUCCGACUCGCUCCUAAACCGGCUUCACAAGAAUAUUCUUUGGAGCAUGCGUGGCAACUUUUUGAGCAUCCCCACGGACUGUCCCCAGCGUGACGAACGCCUGGGCUGGACAGGUGACAUUCAUGCAUUUAGUAGAACUGCAAAUUUCGUAUAUGACACAGCCGGAUUUCUUCGCGGGUGGUUACGGGAUGCGCGCUCUGAGCAACAAGAGAACAAUUAUGCUCCGCCAUAUGUUAUUCCAAAUGUUCUAGGAGAUUCGUCAGCAACAUCAAUUUGGGGAGAUUCAAUCGUGGCUGUACCUUGGCAACUUUUUCAAUCUUUCGGAGAUAAGGAAAUGCUUAAAGAACAGUAUGCAGGAGCUAAAGAUUGGAUUGAUAAAGGAGUCCUUAGGAACGAAGUCGGGUUAUGGAAUCGUUCGACCUUCCAAUACGCUGACUGGCUGGACCCUAAGGCACCCCCAGACGAUCCAGGGGAUGCAACAACCGACAAAUAUUUAGUCUCUGAUGCAUAUCUGAUCCACAGCACCGAGCUUGUGGCUAACAUGUCCACUCGCCUCUCUCUUACCGAAAACGCCGAGAAAUAUACCAAGGCUCGCGCUAAAUUGACCAACGCGUUCCAGGAUGCCUGGGUGUCUCAGAAUGGAACUGUGGCAAAUGAGACGCAGACAGGCCUCACAUUGCCAUUAUAUUUCCGAUUGUUUUCUGAUCCAACGCAUUAUACAUCCGCUACGAAGCGACUUGUCAAUCUCGUAAAGGAGAACGAAUACAAAGUUGGAACAGGAUUUGCCGGGACUCAUAUCCUUGGACAUACACUGUCCGAAUAUGGCGCGGUAGAUUCUUUCUAUGGCAUGUUAAUGCAAGAGGAAGAUCCGGGCUGGCUUUUCCAGGUGGUGAUGAAUGGAACCACUACAUGGGAGCGUUGGGACAGCAUGUUGGCAAAUGGAAGUGUCAACUCAGGGUCGAUGACCUCUUUCAAUCAUUACGCGGUCGGGUCGGUGGGGAGCUGGAUCCAUGAAAACAUUGGUGGGUUAACUCCUUCCGAGCCUGGUUGGAAGAAAUUCAAUGUCGAAGUACGACCUGGCGGUGGGUUGACUGAGGCCACAACCAAGUUCACAAGUGCAUAUGGCCUUAUAUCCACGCAUUGGACAAUAGACAUGAGCAAAGAAAACGACAAAUGUUUGAAGGAAGAAAAGGUCUUCCAUUUGACUGUUCAAGUGCCUCCCAAUAGCCAGGCGACCAUUCAACUGCCGUCUUCUGGCUCCGAGAAGAAGCCAAUCGUGGUGGGAUCGGGAGUGCACGAGUAUAAUAGCUGCGUGGUAUAG